CGGCUCGUUACGCUGCGUCAGUCUGGAGUCGCUCAAUUAUGAAAAAGCAACCUUCCGUUGGAGCUGCAGCCGAAGCGGAUCCCUCCAGCGUCCAGCGGGCUUUUAUUCCGAGGCUAACCGAGAGCAACGCCGAUAGAUGGAUAAAAGCCACGACACAGCUCUUCCUGAGUCUCAACGGUGAAGAGAAUGUCCCAGAAACCCUGGAUAGAAAGCACUUUCACCAAGAGGGAAUGUGUGUACAUACUUCCAGUGUCAAAGGACCCCCACAGAUGCCUGCCAGGAUGCCAGAUUUGCCAGCAGUUGGUCCGGUGCUGCUGUGGACGGCUGGUUCGGCAGCAUGCCGGCUUCACAGCCAGCUUGGCCACAAAGUACUCGGAUGUGAAGUUGGGUGAAAAUUCCAGCCUGCCCGAUCCAGAGGAGUGGUCUGUGGAAAAACACACAGAAGCGAGUCCAACUGAUGCCUAUGGUGUCAUCAACUUCCAGGGAGGGUCUCACUCAUACAGAGCCAAGUAUGUGCGUUUGUCCCACGACACUCGACCGGAGAGCAUCCUUCGGCUAAUGCUGAAGGAGUGGCACAUGGAGCUUCCCAAGAUCCUCAUCUCUGUCCAUGGAGGAGUUCAAAACUUUGAGCUUCACCCUCGCAUCAAGCAGGUGGUGGGCAAGGGCCUCAUCAAAGCUGCAGUCACCACCGGCGCCUGGAUCCUCACCGGAGGCGUCAACACAGGUGUUGCGAAGCAUGUGGGGGACGCGCUUAAAGAACACUGCUCAAGGUCAUCAAAGAAAAUUUACACAAUUGGAGUUGCACCGUGGGGAGUCAUUGAAAACAGGAGCGAUCUUAUUGGCAGAGACAUUAUUGUUCCAUAUCAGACCCUGCUGAAUCCUCUCAGCAAACUAAAUGUUCUCAACAAUCUGCAUUCCCACUUCCUCCUGGUGGAUGACGGGACAGUGGGCCGAUACGGGGCUGAGGUCACACUCAGGCGGGACCUGGAGAAACACGUUAACCUGCAAAGAAUACACGCAAGAAUUGGGCAGUGUGUUCCUGUCGUGGCACUGAUUUUUGAGGGCGGUCCAAACGUGAUCCUGACUGUGCUGGAGUACCUCCAGGAGAGCCCUCCUGUUCCUGUGGUGGUGUGUGAGGGGACGGGCCGUGCUGCUGACAUAUUGGCCUACGUCCACAAGCAGACAGAGGAGGGGGGCGGCCUUCCCGAUGGGGUGGAGACGGACAUCGUCGCAACCAUCAAGAAAACGUUCAACUUCAGUCAGAACGAAGCCAUCCAUCUCUUUCAGAAGCUCAUGGAGUGCAUGAAGAGCAAAGAACUGAUCACCGUGUUUCACAUCAGCUCUGAGGAACACCAAGACAUCGACGUAGCUAUUCUGAGGGCCUUGCUCCAAGGCACAAACGCAUCUGCCUUCGAUCAGCUGGUCCUGACUUUGGCCUGGGAUCGCGUAGACAUUGCCAAGAAUCACGUGUUUGUGUACGGACAGCAGCUUCUGGUGAGCUCUUUGGAGCAAGCCAUGCUGGACGCUCUCGUCAUGGACAGAGUGGACUUUGUGAAGCUGCUCAUAGAAAACGGCGUCAGCAUGCACCGCUUUCUCACCAUCAGUCGGCUGGAGGAGCUCUACAACACGAAACAACCUCCCAACAACCCAACUCUCCUCCACCUGGUUAGAGACGUUAAACAGAGUAAUCUUCCCCCAAACUAUAAAAUCAGUUUGAUCGACGUGGGCCUGGUCAUCGAGUUCCUGAUGGGCGGGACUUACAGGUGCAACUACACCAGGAAGCGCUUCCGAAUCAUUUACAACAAUCUCCACGGCAGCAAUAGGAGAUCUGGACGCCACCCCGCGGGUCCCGGCUCUCAUCUGAGAAAGAAUCAUGAGACUUUCAGCAUGCAGGCCGACAAGAAGGAGAAGACGAGACACAAUCACUUCAUCAAGACGGCGCAGCCGUACAAGCCCAAGCUGGAGAGUACCGCUGAGCAGAACAAGAAAAGAAGCAAGGAGGAGAUCGUGGACAUCGACGACCCGGAGACCCGCCGCUUCCCCUACCCUUUCAACGAGCUCUUAGUUUGGGCAGUGCUCAUGAAGAGGCAGAAGAUGUCUCUCUUCUUCUGGCAGCACGGCGAGGAGAACAUGGCCAAGGCGCUGGUGGCUUGUAAACUCUGCCGCUCUAUGAGCUACGAGGCAAAGAAGAGCGACGUCGUGGACGACACCUCGGAGGAACUCAAAGAGUACUCCAACGAGUUCGGGACGCUGGCGGUGGACCUGCUGGAGCAGUCGUUCAGGCAGGACGAGACCAUGGCCAUGAAGCUGCUGACGUACGAGCUGAAGAACUGGAGCAACUCCACGUGUCUGAAGCUGGCCGUCUCCUCCCACCUGCGGCCGUUUGUCGCUCAUACCUGCACCCAGAUGCUGCUGUCAGACAUGUGGAUGGGACGGCUGAACAUGCGCAAGAACUCCUGGUACAAGGUGAUUCUGAGCAUCUUGGUGCCUCCUGCCAUCCUGCUUCUGGAGUACAAAUCUAAAGCGGAGAUGGCUCACAUCCCUCAGAGUCAGGACGACCACCAGAUGACCAUGGAGGACAGCGAGCACAACUUUCAGAACAUGACCGAAGACAUCCAGAUGGACGUCUUCAAGGAAGCCAGAACCCACGAACAUCCGGAGGUGAAAAACGACAUGGAGAAACAAGUCCGCUCCCGAAAGCUUCCUUUAACGAGGAAGAUCUAUGCCUUCUACCAUGCUCCCAUUGUCAAGUUUUGGUCCAAUACGCUUUUCUACCUGGGCUACUUGAUGAUGUACACGUAUGUGGUCCUGGUGAAAAUGGCCGACCUUCCUUCUCCUCUAGAAUGGGUGGUCAUCCUCUACAUCUUCACCUCUGCUAUCGAGAAAAUCCGCGAGAUGUUUAUGUCUGAAGCGGGCAAAAUAAGCCAAAAAAUAAAGGUGUGGUUCAGCGACUAUUUCAAUGUGUCUGACUUCCUGGCCAUCGCUACGUUCUUUAUCGGUUUUGGACUGAGACUGGGUGGAGAGUCCACCUUCAUCCCCGGGCGGACAGUGUAUUGCCUCAACAUCAUCUUCUGGUAUGUCCGACUCCUGGACAUCCUGGCCGUGAACCAGCAAGCUGGGCCAUAUGUCAUGAUGAUCGCUAAAAUGGUUGCCAACAUGUUUUAUAUUGUGGUAAUAAUGGCCAUUGUCUUGCUGAGCUACGGCGUCCCGAGAAAAGCCAUUCUGUACCCCAACGAGGAGCCCAGCUGGACUCUGGCCAGAGAUGUGGUUUUCCAGCCGUACUGGAUGAUGUACGGAGAAGUCUAUGCCUAUGAAAUUGAUCCGUGUGCCAAUAACAGCGAACCCUCAGCCAGUAAGCUGUGCUCAGACAUAGUGUGGCUCACGCCUUUCCUGCAAGCAGUCUACCUCUUUGUACAAUACAUAUUGAUGGUCAACCUCCUUAUUGCCUUCUUUAACAAUGUAUAUAUUCAAGUAAAGUCCAUUUCCAAUCUGGUGUGGAAGUACCAGCGCUAUCACUUCAUUAUGGCCUACCACGAGAAGCCUGUCCUCCCACCCCCCUUCAUCCUCCUGUGCCAUAUAUACUCCCUCUUCUGCCUGUGCAGAAAGAGGAAGAAGGAGAGCACCUACGGACCAAAGCUGUUUCUCACCGAGGACGACCAGAAGAAGCUUCACGACUUUGAGGAGCAGUGUGUGGAGACGUACUUUCACGAAAGGGAUGAUCAGUUUCACUCGGGCAGCGAAGAGCGCAUCCGUCUUACCUCUGAAAGAGUUGAGACGAUGUGUUUGCAACUGAAGGAGGUCGGGAACAAGGUGAACUUUAUAAAACGCUCCUUGCACACGCUGGACUCACAGAUCGGCCACCUCCAGGACCUGUCUGCUCUGACCGUGGACACUCUAAAGACGCUGACCGCUCAGAGGGCGUCCGAGGCCAGCAAGGUCCACACGCAGAUCACCAGGGAGCUCAGUUUGUCCAAGAACGUGGUCCCGAGCAUCGCGCACGUGCCAACGGACUCCAAAUCGUCGGCAAUAGGCAAGCGCAGCGUCAGGGCCUACUUUGGCUCUUCGUUUCCCCAAGCAGGCGCCAACAUCGCGGAUUCCCUUUUUGGAGUCAACGCAGGAGGAGACGGCGGGAUGCAAAUCCGUCAGAGAUUCGGGCACGGUCCCGGAACUGAGCCGGGGCAGGACCCCGGAGCGAGCACGGCGCCAAGUCCGGAGAAGAGGAGCUUAUUCGGGCAGGGACACUUUGCCGCAGAGGCUGGUUCCUCCAGCAGCACGGGCGCCAUUGCCCUCGUGCCAAGCGCCUCGCCCACCUCCCCUCCGGAGCGCCGUCACCAAGGCCACUCUCUCACACAAAGCAAACUAACCCGUCCGCAAGAGCUGCGCCUUUCUGACUCGCCAUCCAGCCUGCCCAACGCGCCCGCACUCGGCCCCCAGUUCCGCAUCAGCAGCACCCCCUCUCAGCCCAGUGGCGCCAGCCACCCCGACCACGCCCAGGACGGGUUUUACCAGUCAGGCGGCACCUCUGUAGAGUUCGGGGCGUUCAUUGGACAUAAAGACAACGUGGAUACGCAGCACUCUACGCCCAAAGAGACCUCCAGCAGACAGCAAAGCCCGGCCACACCAACCAGAUCACAGGUCGAAGGUCACGGUCUCAUCCGAGCGGUCAACUCCUACGCUGGCUUCACGGAGUUUGGCAGAACCCCAGCUUUUCUUCAUCCGGACUCGACUCUGACAAAGAAGGACAGGAGUAGAGUUUCAGCUGAAGACAUCCCUAGAGCGGCAGUACUAGAAAGGGUUCAGGUGAAAUCAGCCCAAGCCAGCACCCUGAGACCUCCUGAGGAAGAAACAUUAAAUGUUGCUGUUUCCCUGUACACGGCACGCCACAGCCACCUUGGAGCCAGGAAGGACUCUAUCGGCUCACCGUUCAGGCCUAUGGAAAGCUAUCAGUACUCAGCUGUGGAGCGCAACAACUUGAUGAGGCUGUCUCAGAGCAUCCCCUUCACUCCUGUGCCCCCUAGAGGGGAGCCGGUGACGGUGUACCGUCUGGAGGAGAGCUCCCCAAACACCAUCAACAACAGCAUGUCCUCCUGGGCCCACCGGGGCCUCUGUGCCAAAAUAGAGUUUCUCAGCAAGGAGGAGAUGGGCGGAGGACUCCGACGGGCUCUGAAGGUCCUUUGCACUUGGUCAGAGUACGACAUCCUGAAGCCUGGACACCUCUAUAUAGUCAAGUCCUUCCUGCCUGAGGUGGUCCAGACGUGGCAGAGCAUCUACAAGGAGGAGACCGUGUUGCAUCUUUGUCUCAGGGAAAUUCAACAGCAACGGGCUGCUCAGAAGCUGACUGUUGCCUUCAACCAAAUCAGGCCAAAGACGAUUCCCUACUCACCGAGGUUUCUGGAGGUGUUCCUGCUGUACUGCCACUCAGCUGGUCAGUGGUUUGCCAUAGAAGAGUGCAUCACCGGCGAGUUCAGGAAGUUCAACAACAACAACGGGGACGAGAUCGUUCCCACCAACCUCCUCGAGGAGACCAUGCUGGCCUUCAGCCACUGGACAUACGAGUACACCCGGGGAGAGCUGCUGGUGCUCGACCUGCAGGGCGUCGGGGAGAUCCUGACGGAUCCGUCUGUCAUUAAGAGCGGGGAGAAAGGAUCGUACGACAUGAUAUUCGGACCUGCCAACCUCGGAGACGAUGCCAUCAGAAACUUCCGGACAAAACACCACUGCAACUCCUGCUGCCGGAAACUCAAACUUCCUGACCUAAAGAGGAACGACUACACACCAGAUAAGGUUACCUUCCCACAGGAUGACCCGCCCAACCCAGGGGGCGGAGUCAAAGAUUCCCACCAAUCAAUGAGACUGAUGCUGUGAUCAGUGAGACAGUUUUGUCUGUUGGUGUGUGUUUUCGAGGGGCGACAGAAUUGUGUGUGUUUAUUUUUAUUUUCUCCAUGUAUUCCAAUCAAAGCCAAGGAGCAGGAAGGAGAAGCCAACGAACUGGAAGAAUCGCCGCUGUGUUUCUUGUGCAUGCAGACAUCAGCUGUUGUAAUCGUUCUGUUUUUAGACACCAGGGGAGGAUUUUUAAAAGCAUUUUGUACAAGUUUCUGAACGUAUAUGUACUUAUAUAUAUAUAUAUAUAUAUAUAUAUAUAUAUAUAUUCACAUAUACGUACAUAUCUGUAAGCUGGACAUAUCAACAGGUACAGUAUGAUUGCGGAGGCUUUAUUUAUUUUUGAAGUUUGAGAAGUUGCCUUGUUUCACCAACAAAAAAAAAAACGUUUUAAAGAACAAAAUCAAGUGCAUUGUAGAUCUGUUACAGCAGCUUCAGCCAGGACAACCUGCUAACAGAGUUGCUGCAACUUCGCAGAUUGCCACCGGAUCACGGAUUUUUUUUUUUUUAUGUGUAAAAACUUGUAUCCUUUUUUUCUUUUUCUUUUUUUUUUUUGUCUUUUUAGCUAAUGAUAAGAAAUACAUGAAUUUAAAACUCUUGUAAAAAAAAAAUAAUGAUUAAAAAAAAUACUAUGGGCAGAUUGCAAUGCAACUUUUACAGAAAAAAAAUGUAUGUAAUUUUAUUGUAUUGAAAGUGUGUCCAUCAGAAUUUUCCUUUUUAGUUUUAUUGUUACAGAGGUACUAUUGCUAUAUCUUUGUCAUCAGCUAUUGUAUGAGCAAAAACUACAAUCCAGUGUAUCUUAUAGAUACAGAUAUGUGGCAUGAACUCAACAGAUUGAAAUAUUUUAUUCAGGGGAACUGACAAAACACAAGGGUAUUACUGUAUACAUUUUGUACUGAAUAUCAUUUUAAACCAAUAAAAUGUCAAACAUCAUUGUUUCUAAAGCUC